AUGGGAGAACUAGCUGUUACUACUGGAGGUCCAGGAGGGCCAGCAGGGCCAGAAGAGUCUGGUUCUGAUGUCUCCCCUCCUGACCCUCUAGACCCUGUCCAGAUUCGUCUGUCCCGCGGGUCUCCUCAGUGAGCCAGGCAGUGUGACAUCACCAUUGCCUGAUGAUGCCAAUAACAAUGGAUUGGAUUUACACAGCACUUCUCCAGCUGAGGACCCCUGCCUUGCCUCCAAUGUUCCUUCUCCUAGGACAGAGGGAUGGUGUGGAUGUUCUGCUUCUAGGAUAGAGGGAAACCUGAGGUUGAGGAAAGUGAAAGACCUGUAG